CCGCCCAGUGACUACGGCGCCCGCCCGCGUACUCCGCCCGCCCUACGAUACGACACGAUACGCCGCCGAAAAUCGACGAUACGCCCGCGAAAAUGGAAUACGACAAAUAAAAUCACGAACAUUUUUAGUGUUAUUCAAGUAGUGUUUCUCUAAUAGUUUUAGAAUUAAUAUUAUUAUAUCGGUAGUGUAUUAGUUUUUCUUAUAAUCUAUUAAACUAACUUAUUAGAAUUAUACUCAUAAUAAUAAAAUUAACUCUACUGACUCCCGUAUACAAGUAAUAAUCAUAAAAAUAGUUUUUAAAACGUACUGUUUAACGAUAAAAAUAACUAUAAAGUUAAACAAUAGUUUGGUACUUCUUUACUGCGAUGUUUGGACAACACAAACAAACUGUGUGCUGAUGGACUUAUGAGUACCACGUCGUCGGAGCUAAUAUAAACUGUAUGUUUAAGGGUGUAGAGUGUAUAAUCGUGUGUGUUGAUGCUAGGUAAGGUGUUCAUGUAGAAUAUUUACAAGAUCAGUAGUGUUAGGCUAACGGUGUGUGUAUGUGUGCGUGUGUGUAUUGGAAGGCGAUCAGAUUAUUCUGAGUGUCCUACGGUCUGGAUAACUGACAUCGACGUCUACGCAUCAACUGAUCGAAAGCUGCUCUUAUUCGACCCGUGAUUCAUAAUAUGCGGUCGUGCUAGCAGCAUGACGAUGUGGUUGUGGUGGGUGGUGGCGGGCGCGCUGGUGGCGCGGGGCGGCGCGCUGCAGCCGCGCUGCCAGGAGAUCACCAUCCCCAUGUGUCGCGGCAUCGGGUACAACCUCACCUCCUUCCCCAACGCACUCGACCACGACACACAGGAGGAGGCCGGCCUAGAGGUCCACCAAUACUGGCCGCUCGUCGAGAUUAAAUGUUCCGCAGACCUGAAAUUCUUCCUAUGUUCUGUAUAUACGCCUAUCUGCAUCGAAGACUAUGCGAAACCCUUGCCGGCGUGUCGCAGCGUGUGUGAGCGGGCGCGGGACGGGUGCGCGCCGCUGAUGCAGAAGUACGGGUUCCAGUGGCCCGAGCGCAUGGCGUGCGAGCGGCUGCCGCGCGCCGGCGACCCCGACCAGCUGUGCAUGGAGGAGACGGAGCGGGCGCGCGAGCCGCCGCCGCCGCCGCCCGGCCGGCGCCCGCCGCGCCCCGCCUGCACCGACCCAAAAAACUGCGCAAGCGCUGCGGGCGCCGACGCGGGCCCCACGUGCGCAUGCGCGUGCAGGGCGCCGCUGGUGGGCGUGCGCGCCCUGCACAACGGAAGCGCGGCCGCAGGCGUGGCGGCAUGCGCGCUGCCGUGUCGCGGCGCGUUCUUCACGCGCGAGGAGAAGGAGUUCGCGGGCGUGUGGGUCGCCAUGUGGGCCGGCCUGUGCGCCGCCAGCACGCUCAUGACCCUCACCACCUUCCUCAUCGACUCGCAGCGCUUUAAGUACCCCGAGCGGCCCAUCGUGUACCUGUCCGCCUGCUACUUCAUGGUGUCGCUGGGCUACCUGGCGCGGCUCGCGCUCGGCCACGACGAGGUGGUGUGUGAGGGCGCACUGCUCCGCACGUCUGCCAAUGGCCCGGGAGCCUGCACUCUGGUCUUCGUACUCGUGUACUUCUUCGGUAUGGCAUCAUCGAUAUGGUGGGUGGUGUUAUCCUUCGCGUGGUUCCUCGCAGCGGGACUCAAGUGGGGCAACGAAGCUAUCGCGGGACACGCACAGUACUACCACCUGGCCGCGUGGCUUAUACCCGCUGCUAAGACUGUGGCGGUGCUACUGGCCGGCGCCGUCGACGGCGACCCCGUGGCUGGCAUCUGCUACGUCGGCAACUCAUCCCCGGAGAACCUGAAACGUUACGUGCUGGCACCGCUGAUCGUGUAUUUCGCGCUCGGUGCAACGUUCCUUCUGGCCGGCUUCGUGUCAUUAUUCCGGAUUCGCUCCGUGAUCAAGCGACAAGGCGGAGUUGGCGCAGGCUCGAAGGCGGACAAGCUGGAGAAGUUGAUGAUUCGAAUCGGUGUGUUCAGCGUGCUGUACGCGGUGCCGGCGGGCGUGGUGAUUGGCUGCCUGGCGUACGAGGCGGGCGGGCACGAGCAGUGGGUGCGGCGCGUGGCGUGCGGGCCCGGCUGCGGCGGCCGCCCGCUGUACUCCGCGCUCAUGCUCAAGUACUUCAUGGCGCUGGCCGUGGGCAUCACGUCGGGCGUGUGGAUCUGGUCGGGCAAGACGCUGGAGUCGUGGCGCCGCGUGUGGCGCGGGCCGCGCGGGCCCCGCGACCCGGCGCCCGCCGCGCGCGCCCUGUUUAAGGACGUGUGACGCGCGCCCGCGGCGCCCGCCGCCGCCGCUCUAGUGCCGGGCGCCGCCCCGCUGGCGCCCGAGCUGCCCCCUCCGGCGCCACUGGUGCCCACCGUGGCGCCCUCUGCGCGCUCGGGACAGCCGCUCUCCGACUACGGCCCUGUCUAGUCAGUUCGGCUUCUUACUUGAAGAUGUCUCGCAACAAACCGUUGAAGGUGCUGACGGAGGCCCGUCCCUCCGUCGCCGACGUAGUGGUCCCCGGCAGUGAGCUGACGCUUGACUUUGUGUUGUGACGCGCCAGUGACAUAGUGCAUACAUAGUGGUGAGAGCGUCGCGUUGUCUAGUCCUAGUGUAUCUCCGCGACGCACAAAUAUACGUAACUAGUGUUAAGGACCGCGGUGCGGCCGUGGCGUCCGACCCUCGCUCCUCGCUCGGAUGCCUGCAGACUGAUAUUCUAUGGACACUACCGUGUAAGCAAUCUUUGUAUCCGCUUAAAUACAAAAUUUGUUACGUCCAGUUUGAUUCAUAACGUCUGGGCGUUUCCAACGUAAGAGUGUGUAAAGUACUCCACUGUCGAGAUACAUUACCUCAUUGAUCACUGCCAAUUUCAUAUGUUUUUACUGUUGACAGUGAAGUAAUUUACUACUCUGUACUGAUACCUCCGGGAACAUCCUGGCCACACACGUACCUCAGGGGCUCACCUCCACCGCAUUGCCUAUAAUUAGUAUGUAUCUCCUCACACACGUGUAGUGUUGGUGAGUCCGUGGUGUUCGUGCUGAUAUUGUUAUUGUGACGUUAGUCCCGUAGUGUGUACCGACGCAUUUUGAGCAUUUUGUAUCUAUUGUAAUGAUCUCUGAUGUCAUAUUGUAAAUAGUGAUCCUAUAUCAUUUCAUCCCUUUAAGUAGUAAGAUGUAUUCAUAAUCUACUUAUGUAUUUGUUUAACUCUUCUGUUUAUGUUAUUAAAACUUGUAGAAAAGACAACCCUAGUGAAAAUAAUAUUUUUUCUAUUGAGUUUUGUACAACUCCACACUAGAUGGCGUUAAAUGACUGUGCCGACUGGUUAGAUUCAUAAACUGCUACAGCCGUGGAACGCCAUCUAGUGUUGAGUGGCUGACACUUUUGUAAAUAUAAUGAACAAAUGCUGAAUUAAAUUAGAACUGAAUAAGUUGUGACGAUAAAAUUGUAUUUUGUGCAAUGGUAUAGUGUAUUCUUACUUAAAUGUAAAGUGAAUAAGAUGUAUGAAAAAUUGUAUAUUGUAGCCACGGACGCCGCAGCCGAAACCAUAAAAAUCAUUAUGUAAUUUAUUUUAUAUCUAACUGUAGAUAACAAAUAAAGCGACUUUUUUAUGUACA